ACCGUGUAAAUAAGACAGCAAUACAAAUUUUGAAAACAUUUUGAAUUGACUGUGUUGUUGCUGUAAUUCCCUUCGUGGUGUACUAUCUCCUGACGAUUUCAGUUAUUGCUGUGAUUCCUGUAUUAUUUAUGGCAAAUUCUUUACUUGCAACUAGGUCAGGUUAGGAUGGAGACAAAGCCCCUAGCACCCCAAGUUCAGGGUAGGUGGUAAAGAAGACAACUAAUAUCCAAGGUCAGGAUGAACUGAGAAUGCAAAUUUCUAGUAGAGAAUUAAAAGAUGUUUAGGGAACUGCAAAUGUUACAAAAGGAUUAGCGAACAUUUUGGAGCUAUACCUAAGCGUUGAAGGAAAUCAGAGAUGAGGGAGAAUUCCACUGGGUUACCUGUCAACAAUGGAUUGCAAACUGUCAUCACAGAGUAGUGGGAUAUCUCUAGGCGACAUCAGCAUAGGCAACAUUUCUGACUCCGAACUAGAAGAUGAGGAAACUGUCCUUGGUUCAAUUGGAUCUAAAAAAUCUUAUAAUGCAGCAAAACCCUCGCAUCCUCAAGAGCCUCACAGUGGAGUUUCUAAAAAUGUGCAGGGAAGACAGCAAAACUUUGUUAGUUUUGCCUCCUCUGCAAUUUCUAAGAAUGGAAAGCCUUUGCCCAUUGGUGGUGCAGUGUUCAAACACCAGAUACCUGAACAUGAUAGAAAUCUUCCCAAGAAUAAUCAACAGAUGCCUCUUGGGGAUGUGAAAUAUGCUCUCCAAGAAAACCAUGAUCUACUCCAUGAUCAUUCCCUUUUGAAUGAGCUGCUGCAGUCAAUUGAUAGAAAGUUAGCCUCUACCUCAGAGAGUGCACAGAGUUCAACACUUCUCAGAUCUAGAAGUCCUCUUAUGUCUUAUGCUCCCCCAAACAGAGAUCCAGGUCCAGGAUUAGCACGGGAUCAGGAAGCAGUUCUUCAACAAAUGUUUACACCAAAAGGUCAUCUGUAUAGUUCAUCAGAUCCCAUUUUAAAUGAAGGAUCUAAUCGGUUACCUGCAGAUCUAAAAAUACUAAACAAGAGUGUGACAUUCGACACUGCAGAAUCGAAUAGGACUCCAGAGAACAGUAACUCAACAUUGUCAGGCUCACAUGAAUUAUUGAACCAAUUGUCAAGUCUUCGCUGGAGGUUAAUGGGAUGGGAAGAUAUAGGAGUGGAUCCUCCCACUGAUCAAAGCAGUGCGUUGGCAUUUUGCCGAAAAUUACUCCAUGUGCUUCAAGUGGCACAAGAACAGAAAAGGCUUAAUGAUGAAGAGCACAUUCUUAUGGAAAGGAAGCUGAAGAAGAGUACCGAGGAAGCAGCCGUAAUGGGCCGCCUGAUUGAAAAGUUUGAGGCUCGCUUACAAGAGGCAGAUGCUCAGCUAGCCGAAAUUCAGCAAGAAUGGAUCUCUGCUCAUGCGGCCAACAGAAAUGAGGUGAUGAGGCUGAGGCAGGAGUGCGAUGAGUUAAAAAAGGAGAAAGAGUCACUGGCAGAAGACUUAAUGAAGAAGGAAGAGAUUAUUUCGAGUUACCAGAAAUUAGACAAGGAUUAUGAGAAAGUGAAGAUUUCUUUGGAAGAGUCUGUGGCACAAGUUGUCGCCAGCAGGAGACAGGCGGAGGAAAUGGCUGAAGAGAAUUUCCGUCUCACCAGAAAACUGGAAGAAAAGCAAAAGUAUCUCCAGGAAGUUGAAGAGGUCACACUUGGCAACUUGAAGUAUGACCUAGAAAAGGCUAAUCAUAAACUUGCCACUCUCGAGACAUCAAAUGAGAAAUUGACAAGGACCAACACGUCCAUUGCAAGUGAUCUUCGGAUACUGCGUGACCAGCGUCAGACUCUCAUGGAGAAGCUUGUUGAAAUGAAGGAACUGAAAGAAACAGUAAUUAAGGAAAAGGAAUCAUUGCAAGUACAAGUAAAAACAUUGACAUCCAAGGUAUCGUCUACUAAGACUGAAUUGCAUGAUUACUACCAGUCCCAGGUUGAAGAACUUGUUAGUCAGAAGACAAAAGCUCUUCAGGGGCAGCUGAUGUCAUUAGAAGUUAAUCUGAGGGGCAGUCUGAAUGAACAUUUGGAAGCUGAGAGAGAGACGCAUUGUCGUGCACUUGACAGAUUACAGAAAGGGCAUAACAAGGAAGUCCAAGAAUUGUGUGAUGCUCACAAUGUAAGAGUAACAUCAUUGCAACAGCAAAUUCAACAGCUUCAGGAAGAAAAUGACAAUCUAAAAAUGAAACAUCAGAAUGUUAUUGCAGCCGUCUCCUCAAUUGUAACCUCUCAGGGUGAGCCACAGAACUCCCUGACUCGAAUGCUUGAAUUUCCAAACAUGGCUUCUUCUACUCCCAUCAACAACUCUCCACCAGUUUCUCCACAAUCAAACAUGUUGAUGAAAGGGAGACCAGUGGUUAGAUGUAGCAGUCGUCCCACAAGUGGAAAGAGAGGGCAUAGUACAACGAAAGUCUCUAGCUUAGGCUAUAUUGGGUCUUCUUCAAGUGAUUCUGAUGCCAGUGUUUUUCAAGAUGGAAGCAUAACAGUCCGCAAUGCAGCUGACAGGCUACAGUCAAAUUUUGGCAUCGAUAACAAGAAGCAAGAAAUUAACUGCAAGAAUGUCAAACCUGAGUCAUCUUUGAAAAUCAACAUUGGCGAAUACAGAAACACAUCCCAACCUAGUACAAAAAAGAAACAUGAGGCCACAGAAAAGGAACAAUCCACGGGUGAAAAGGAACUGGUUGAAAGAAAGGACCCAAUUGUCUCUUCUCACAAGACUGGUAGCUUUUUGGGGAUCGACAUGCCCCUUCCUGCUCUUGGGAAGAUAUACAGAGCCUCGGAGAUUCUUCAGAGCGAUGAGGCUGCCAAUGCAGAAUUUCCAAACCUUCUCUUACCUGUGGAUUUUGAGUUAGGGAGAUUCAUACAGGCACUCCCUGAGUCUAUAAGAUCCUCUGCCAAAACAUCCGAAAGUGAUGUACCAACUCACGAUACAUCAUAUGACCAAGAUCCUGCCAACGUCACCCUACGUAAGUUGAAUCAGGUGUCUACAAUAUUAUCUCGGUAUGUCAAUGAAGCUCCUUCUUCGUAAAGAUCUGUGGUGGGGUCAAUGUAAAAAUGAUUUUUUCCUAUUUUUUUGGUUGUGUAUCUAAACAAGACAAUUGUAUAAUUAAUUUAUUGUUUUAGUCGUAUUAUUUUUAUAAUUGUAAUUUGACUGAGUGAUAUGUAGACUUUCAUAGGACUGACCGGUUGGGUUUGAUUCGUGAAUAAAAAGUGACGAUUGAAAAAAGUUGAAACGGACUCCUAGAUAUUAGAGACCUAAGUGAAAUGCAGGGCAUUGGACCUCUAUCCAGAAUGACAAAGGAAAGAUCCAUAAGUGGUGAAUGAUGUCCCAUAGGCAAGACAUAUGGUGUUAGUACUGCUCAUUCUAUGAUGGUUCAUUGGUCCUUGUAAUGGACGUACAUUCAUAAAACACACCUCUUGGGAGGAGCAAUCUCUCAUAGUUCGAAAGGUAUUUUAAUAUUAGUAUCAAUAACUUUCCAAUUUUUAUUCCCUCUAUGAAGCUGUUUGUCUAUCAUAUUCAUGAAAUAACUUGUGAUAGUAGUUGAAUUUCAUUGAUUUUAAGCAUAUAAUUUUUGCAAAGUAGUGAAUUUGGAAGGAUCAUUCAUAGACAGUUCUCAAGUGAAAUUGGUAAUAUCUUGCACCUGGUUAGCAGGUGCAGUAUGAAAUGGUCCAGUUUUGACAAUAAUUUUUAUGGAAAAUCUUUUUUGUAGUUUCAACAUUGGUGUAUGCAGCUAACAAAUUUUUCCAAAGUGACAGUGUUUUUUCCACGUCGCAUUUGUUUAAUAUACCAUAUAUGGAAAGGUGGUAUUUACUUUUUAAAGAAUAUACCACCUGUGGAAGAGUGGUAUUUGCUAGUGUUGGGAAGGAAUUUGAUCGGCAUCUGGGUCUUGGCAGGUGUCCAUGUGUUUUAUUAACAAACACAACU